UAGCGGGAGAUUCCGCGCUUUUGAUAGUUUGAUAUCAAUAGAGAGACUGUUUCUUGUGUGUUCAAUUCUAAACAGAAACAAAGGCUUCUCUCGUCUCUUUAAUAAGUAGUGCCUCUUUUUGAUCCAUAAUGGCCGCGGGACUCAAGGCUUUGGUUGGCUUGGCCUUUUUGGGCUCCAUUGGAUUGCUGUUUUUGUUCCUGGCCUGUGCUCUCCCGUCCUACAAUAAUUGGUGGCCCAUGUUCACCAUCAUUUUCUACGUGCUCUCGCCUCUGCCAUCACUCAUCACACGUCGCUUCACCGACGAUCUCUCAUCCACUUCGGCCUUGAAAGAGUUCUGCUACUUCCUCACCACGGGCAUUGUCUUGUCCGCAUUUGCUCUGCCCAUCGUCCUGGCUCGAGCUCCCUCAGGAGCCACCGGCGAAGAGACAGUGAUUGCCACUGGGGCUUGUUUCUUGGUUUUGAUGGGCAAUCUGGUCAUGUUCUUGACCAUCUACGGCCUAUUCAUGAUCUUUGACAAUGAGGACGGGUUUGAAUACUCCAAUUGGGGCAGCGGAUUCUAAAUGCCCCGAUGUUACUAUGGUUUUAUGGCCCUUUUUCCCCCCUUCAUUUCUUGAACAUUUCUUUUCAAAUCCUUGUCAGAGAUUUAUGGUGGUCGAACCAGACAAUAUCCCACGUUAGAUGAAGUCAACGAGUAUUUGCUUGAUAUGCUUUUUGUUCUUUGAUCAACACCCGUUUCCAUUCAGUUUCUUCUAUUUUCAUGUUUCUGUAGCGUGCAGUUGAUUCAAUAAGGCAAUGUUAGAGAGAUUACUACAUACAAUAACUCAACCACAACUGUUCUGUCUUGCUGUGAUAGUAAUCAUCAGAAAAGUUUGUAUUUGUAACAGGAUCAUUCGGUCCAACCUCCCCUCAUAAAAAAAAACUCGAUGUAUCACUUGAUUAAGAAUAAACAUGAUCAGAUCAAUUUAUCAAA